GAAAUGAUUUUUUAUAAUUAGGAUUGAGAAAGGUGAAGAAAGAAGGAUAGUGUUGUGUUGUUGAUUGAAGAGGUUUUCGGUUUUCUUAUAUGCUAAGAACUCGACACACACAAUUGCUGUUCGCACCUAACCAGAAAGAAACCAUUGUGUUUGAAUUCGUUGGUUGCUGCUUCAGUCUCAGUGUGGUAAUUCAUCGAUGAAUACGACGCCGUUUAUGGACAAGCAAAUUAUGGAUCUCACUCACGGUCACGGAUCUUCUUCUUCUUCCACUACGCAGUCGCAGAGCAAGGACUUCAUCGACCUCAUGAAAGAACCGCCACAACACCAUCACCAUCAUCAUCUCGAAGAUGAAGACAACGAUGAAGAAGAAAAAGCGCGUGGCAAUGGGAUCAGCAAAGACGACAUCGUUCCCAGUUACGAUUUCCAACCGAUUCGCCCUCUCGCCGCUUCCAAUAAUUUCGAUUCCGCCGCAUUCUCUCGCCCUUGGAACUCCGAUUCCAACUCCAACGCUUCCCCUCCCGUCAUCAAAAAUUACAGUUCUUUGGAUUCAAUGGAACCUGCGAAGGUCAUUGUAGAAAAGGACCGAAGUGCUUUUGAUGCUACAAUGCUGUCUGAGAUUGAUCGUACCAUGAAGAAACAUAUGGAAAAUAUGCUUCAUGUUCUGGAAGGUGUUAGUGCACGGUUAACACAACUAGAAACCAGAACCCACCAUCUUGAAAAUUCUGUGGAUGAUUUGAAGGUAUCGGUUGGAAAUAAUCAUGGUAGCACUGAUGGAAAAUUGAGACAGCUGGAGAAUAUUCUUCGAGAGGUGCAAUCAGGGGUGCAGACUAUCAAGGACAAGCAAGAUAUUGUGCAAGCUCAGCUGCAACUAGCAAAGCUACAAGUGUCCAAGACAGAUCAGCAAUCAGAAAUGCAAACUAGUGCGAUUACCAAUCCUGUUCAGCAAGCUGCAUCUGCUCCUGUGCAAUCUCAACCACAGCUUCCUACCCCUGCUAAUCUUCCACAAUCAAUUCCUGUUGUUCCUCCCCCUAAUGCACCUCCUCAACCUCCUCCACAACAGGGUUUGCCACCUCCAGUUCAACUUCCAAACCAAUUCUCUCAGAACCAAAUCCCUGCAGCUCCUCAGAGAGAUCCAUACUUCCCACCACCCGUUCAGUCUCAGGAAACACCAAAUCAGCAAUACCAAAUGCCGUUAUCUCAGCAGCCACAUGCUCAGCCCGGGGCACCUCCACAUCAGCAAUAUCAACAGACCCCUCAUCCUCAGUACCCUCAGCCAGCACCUCAUCUACCUCAACAGCAGCCACCAUCGCAUCCAUCCAUGAAUCCGCCUCAACUACAAUCUUCACUGGGUCACCAUGUUGAGGAACCACCUUAUCCUCCUCAGAAUUAUCCUCCCAAUGUCCGCCAGCCACCAUCUCCUUCACCCGCCGGUCCUCCUCCUCCUCCUCAACAGUUCUAUGGGACCCCAACCCAUGCAUAUGAACCAUCAUCGAGCAGAUCUGGUUCAGGCUAUUCUUCUGGAUAUGGUACACUAUCUGGCCCUGUCGAGCAAUAUCGUUAUGGACCUCCUCAGUAUGCUGGCACUCCUGCACUAAAACCACAACAACUGCCAACUGCUUCAUUGGCUCCGAGUAGUGGAAGCGGUUACCCUCAGCUCCCAACUGCCAGGGUACUCCCACAAGCAAUACCAACUGCAUCUGCAGUGAGUGGUGGCUCAGGUUCUACUGGAACUGGAGGCAGGGUUUCUGUCGAUGAUGUGGUUGACAAAGUUGCUACUAUGGGAUUCCCCAGAGACCAUGUGAGGGCCACGGUUCGCAAGCUGACAGAGAAUGGUCAGUCUGUUGACCUAAAUGCAGUGCUGGAUAAGCUCAUGAAUGAUGGUGAAGUCCAACCCCCUCGAGGUUGGUUCGGUCGGUAGCAUGGUAGGAUUAAUUGAUGUAUAGAAGAAUCAAUUGCUCACUUAUGAAAGGUUUAUGAGGAGACUUUGUGGUUGGUUGGUUGGAUUGUGCCAAAGUGGAUAUUUUGACUCUUUUUUUCCCUUACUCUCUUCUUGUUUCUUGGAAAGUUGAAACUGGUUUGCUUUCUUGUCUGGCUCCGAUUUAUGACUAUCUUCAUCUUGCUUUGUAUAUCCGCAAUAAAUAGAAGUGGAUUACGAAAAUUACUUAGAACA